AUGAAUGUAGAUGAUAUGAAGGUCCUGGAAUGUUUCUAAUCAAUGCACCAAUAUUUAGCAUUUCAAACUAGAACCACUUCAUUGCCAAUAAUGGAACAAGAAAAGCUAGUUAAGAUUACCCAGUUCUGUGAAGGACUUAAGCCAAGUCUUCAAUUUAGAGAAGAUCUUAUCAAUACAAUGGCACUUAAUAUGCAUUAAGCACAGGAAUAAUGCCAGUAUGCUUUGAAUUAAACAAGAAAUGACACAGUUCUCAACCAAUGGUGGUGGGAUGACAAGAGAAUCAAUACCGAUAGCAUUAAUUGCCAAACUCUAAUUGCCGAUAUAAAAGAGGAGCAAGAAUAUGGAAUUGUAACAAAUGUAGCAACAGACUUAUCUCUUGCUCAAAUGGAAAAUGAAGUGACUGCAGUUUGUAAUGAGUUCACUGUUCAGGUGUUUAAAAGACAAUGCUCUAAAAGAAUAUUAGAUGCUGGAAUCCUAUUUCUAUUUGAGGAUGACUAGCUUGAACAAUAAUGCAAUUAAAUGAGUUCAGCUAUUGAAACAUGUGAAUAAAGUGGGCCAAAUUUGAUAAAUAGAUAUUAUGAAAUUGUACUUAAAAAGUACCUUGAGGAAUAUGGAAAAUUGACUGUCAAUAAUUACUUUGAUGAUGCACUUUUAAAAAUCCAAAAUACUAUGAAGAAAUAAUUAGAAGUUAAACCUUAAUAAUAAAAUUAAGACUCUAAUUCCAUUGUGAAUCCUUCAAAUUAAUAAAGUGAAUCCCAAGAGUAAAGUAAUUAGCCCUCGUAGUAAGAAAAAUCUGAAUCUAACACUGAUUCAACAAACCAGGCUAGCGGUGAUCAAUCUAGCAAGCUUGCUUAAAAAAAUUAGCAGACUGAAAGUGUGAUUAUCUCAAAUUAAUCAGAUAAUUUUGCUGGAUAUGAUGAAAAUGAUGACGAAGAAUUUAAUAGUGUUCCUUUAGAUAUUCCCAUAUGA